AUGGUUGUGGAGAAUACCAAUAAUACUAUGCGUCUACCUUCCGAAAUAGUGUAUGAGAUUUUAUCGUACCAAUUCAGGGAUCUUAUGUCCAAUGAUUAUUCGGCCACAAGUGAGAAGUAUCAUUCUAAUCUUAAGACGUUCUUAGGUUCAAAUUCAACAGUUAAUAGGACAUUCAAUCAUGUAUGCAGGGUCCUCAUUUACAGGUAUUUGAACUUCACAUCAGCAAAGUCGUUCCAUAAACUUUUAAGCGCCCUACGGGAGGCUGACCCUGGAUUGAAAAGGCUAGUAGAGGUUGCGGAUUUUCAAGAACUUACGUCAAUAGGACUCGGGAGAACCGGUGAGAUGAAUAAGAUGAUUAAAAACUUAACUAAUGAGACACUAUGGGAAUUCUUAUUAUUAACCAAAGGCAACCUAAGAGAGUUUCUUGCCUCUGAACAUAUGCAAGAAGACAUUGACGAACGUAUUAUAUAUUUUCUGCUAUCACCAGGUACUGUAUUAAGUGUAGUGGACUUUUGUGGCUGCUCUGGAUCAUUAUUCACCAAGCAUUUUGAUGCUGCAGUGGAGAGAAUGGCGUCACACCCAUACUCGACGGAGAAUUUUCAAAUUACCUGCCUAGGCUUGAACGAUUGUACGGAUAUCCCUACUUUAACGCUAUCAAAACUUUUGAAUCUACUACCAGAAUUGCAAAAAUUGGAUUUAACACACACGGCAAUAGAUGAUAACACUUUGAUCAAUGAUGUUCCUCAUUGGAAAAAUUUGACGCAUUUAUCAUUCGGAGAAUGUUUACAACUAACCCCCCGCGGGGUAUUGGAAUUCUUUUCCUAUCAUCCCGCUGUAACUGAUGAAAACAAUAAUUGCACAUUACAGUGGCUCAAUGUCCAGGUUCAUCCACAUACUUCGACUUGGACUGAGACUCAAACACUUUUUUUACUAAAGAAGCUCUGUAGGUAUGGUCACAACAAAACAUUGCAAUAUUUAAAUAUUGGUGGACUACCGCUUCAUUAUUCUGACGAUGGCACUAUUACAAAAACGCCGCAUUACUAUCAAUGUCAAGACACUUUACAAUUUAUCAAACUUAAUUUCCCAGAAUUAAAAAGUUUAAACAUCAGAGAUACUAAUGUACCGUACGAUAGGCUAGUGAAUUUCCUUUCGCCAGUAUACGAAAGUGAUAUCAAUGUUGAUCAGCGACUCAAAUUUUUGAAUAUAUCAAACAACUCGUACAUUAACCGGUGGACGAUCCAGGAUCCCGCAUUAUUUACUUGCUCCAAAUCACUCGUUGCAUUAGAGUUGUCGUUUGAUCCCUGGCAACAUAUUGAACAUUUAAAUGAUCGUCAUGAACUCAAAUGUUUAAGAAAUAAAAGUGGAAAGGUUUCUAUUAUCCAGGAUGUGAAAGAUAUGGAAACCGUUAUAUGGAAGUGUUACAUUGACUCCUCUUACGGAAGAAGAUAUUGGUUGUAUAAAUGUGAUCCAUAUUUGAACCGGAAUGACAUUGAUAAAGCUGCUUCUCUAACACAAUAUGAUUCGGAAGGUCAUAAGAUCAUAAAGAUUAUCAAACAACCCGAUUUUCUAAAAUUUGCACAGAACAAGAUCAUGUUAGGAUGCGGUAUAGUACCCAUGAGUUCUACUCGAAGAAAGAAAAUAUACAAAGACAUGAAGCCACCUAUUUCCAGAUUCUUCAGAAGGGAUGGGCAGUUUGCUACUUUUGGAACAAGUACAGCGGUUCCUAUUCUUGCACCAAGAUUACCGCCCGGCGGAUGGAGGCUAAUAAGGAAUGAUGAUGACGGUACCACUACAGAGGAAGAAUCUAAUGCGAUGGAUGAACACACUCCUGUGAUUCAUAAUUCAUUCCAAUCGCUUUCCUCGAUACCGGAAACAAGACCUGUUUUACCUACUGACACGAGAGACGCAGUAUAUUGGGAUAGGUCUGUCGCAGAUGCAACUGCUACGGAAAGUGAAAGCGACAAUGCUGAGCUAGAUUACGACUACUUUAACGAUCCCGAAUUACAAAGAAGAAGGUCACAAAUGAGUUUGUUCAAUGGAUACCACAAUUCGAACAAUAACAACAACAACAACAACAACAACAACAAUAAUAAUAAUCAUUCCUCAACACUUAAAUCAAGUGCAGCAUCAUCAAUGUCCAAUCUAACAGCCGCACUAAGGCAACAUUCUCAACUUCACAUAUUUCCGCAUCAGAAUUGCAGGUCAAGCCCUAAAAACAAAUUAUGUCGAGACUUCAUCUACAAUGCGAACGAUCCUGAGAUGAACAAAAGAUACCAAAUUCACUACGAGCAAACUCAGGAGUAUGAAGUGUUCGGUACUGUAGAACGAGGAAUGUACCGUUACUACUCGCUUAAAACUUGA